AUGAAGUUCCCCAUCCUAUUCAAACUACAAAAAGAAAAAUCCAUAGAAAUGAUGAACCUCACCGAUGUGGAUUUGGUUCGUUGUGUUUUAAUCGGGGACAACGAAUGUGGUAAAGAAAUGAUGCUCAAGAAAUAUGCAGCAUAUUCGGGAAUCCCGUAUGAUUCUACGACUGGCCAGCUCGUCACCGCUUUCAACGGUAGGAAAUGCGUUUUCGUUGACUCCUCUGUCGAUAAGGGAUUCAACGAUCCGCAUGUUUUCCUCCUCUGUGUCUCCGUUGCCCGUCAAGCUAAUGUUGAAGAGACUGUACGUAUGAUUCUGGACACGGUUAUCGAUCGGAUACGUGGAAUACCGUUCGUUUUAGUAGGAACACAAAUCGAGAAACGAUUACUAACACGAAUAGAGUACAGCGAUCAACACGGGACAAACUGCUUCCCGAUGCCGCUACAUCAAGCCGAAUCGUUUGCAAAACAAAUCGGCGCCAAUAAAUAUCUGGAGUGUUCAGAGAUUACCGGCGAAGGUCUCGACGAAGUUUUCGAAGAAGCCUUUGAAAUUGCUCAUAACUAUGCUGUACAGCUUCAACGUGGUUAUCAACAAAAUAAAUCAAUACCAGAUGAUGCAAAGGUCAGAAAAUCCAGUUGUAUUACCCAAUAA